UGAUUUUCGAGCAACAUCAUAUCUGCUAUGCGCAAAAGCAGCAAGUUGGACAGUAGGAAGCAGCAGCUACAAGUCCAAAAUCGAAGAGGUUGAGAGGCCUUAGUUAGGUUUUUUAAAUUGCUUUUGGAAAGGGCGGCACCAACAACCUUCCUUCCCGCUCGGAUAUAAACCCAAACACUUGGCCUUCACUCAUUUCCUUUCCCCAAAUCACACAAUGAAAUACGUGCUCAUCAGCGGCGGAGUGGUCAGUGGCCUCGGCAAAGGCGUCACCGCCAGCAGCAUAGGCGUCGUGCUCAAAGCCUGUGGCCUUCGCGUCACUUCCAUCAAAAUCGAUCCGUACUUGAACAUCGACGCUGGCACCAUGUCUCCCUUCGAGCACGGUGAGGUUUUUGUUCUCGACGACGGCGGAGAGGUUGAUUUGGAUUUGGGAAAUUACGAGCGCUUCCUCGAUGUCACGCUUACCAAAGAUAACAACAUCACUACUGGAAAAAUUUACCAGUCUGUUCUUGAGAAGGAACGUAAAGGCGAUUAUCUCGGGAAAACUGUUCAGGUGGUUCCGCACAUCACUGAUGCUAUUAAAGAUUGGAUUGAAACGGUUGCUGUGAUUCCCGUGGACGGGAAGGAGGGUCCUGCUGAUGUUUGUGUGAUUGAGCUGGGAGGCACUGUGGGUGAUAUUGAAUCUAUGCCAUUUAUUGAGGCUCUACGGCAAUUGUCCUUUCAAGUAGGGCCUGAUAACUUCUGUCUCAUCCAUGUUAGCCUGAUACCAGUGUUGGGUGUAGUGGGCGAGCAAAAAACAAAGCCUACACAACAUAGUGUCAGGGAGCUGCGAGCAUUGGGAUUGACACCUCAUCUUUUAACAAGUCGCUCUGCUGAGCCUCUUCUAGAAAGUACCAAGGAAAAACUCUCAAAAUUUUGCCAUGUUCCAGUUGAGAAUAUUCUGAACAUCCAUGAUGUACCAAACAUUUGGCACAUUCCCCUGUUACUGAGAAACCAAAAUGCUCACCAUUCAAUUCUGCAGCAGCUUAACUUACUCAGCCAAGCUACACCUCCUGAUUUACAGCAGUGGACAGAGAUGGCUGAGACCUAUGAUAAUCUUACUGAAUCUGUGAGGAUUGCAAUGGUGGGAAAGUAUGUGGGUCUAACAGAUUCAUAUUUAUCUGUUGUAAAGGCCCUUCUGCAUGCUUGUGUUGCACGCUCUUUCAAGCCAUCAAUUGACUGGAUUGCAGCUUCUGACCUUGAAGAUGACAGUGAAAAAUCAACACCAGAAGCACAUGCUGCGGCCUGGAAGACUUUGAAGAGCGCAGAUUGUGUCUUGGUUCCUGGGGGAUUUGGAGAUCGUGGUGUGAGAGGUAUGAUGCUAGCUGCCAAAUAUGCAAGAGAAAACAGUGUUCCUUACCUGGGGAUUUGCCUGGGAAUGCAAAUUUCUGUAAUUGAGUUUGCUAGAUCGGUUUUGGGUUGGGAAAGAGCAAACAGUGUAGAGUUUGAUGCCCAAACACCGAAUCCUGUUGUGAUUUUCAUGCCAGAGGGUUCACGGACGCAUAUGGGAAGUACCAUGAGGCUUGGAUCUCGAAGAACACUCUUACAGACAUCUGAUUGUAUCACUUCCAAGCUGUACGGCAAUUCAGAGUAUGUGGAUGAACGACAUCGGCAUAGAUACGAGGUAAACCCAGAUGUUAUUGAAACUUUAGAAGAAGCUGGACUUAAAUUCGUUGGGAAGGAUGAAAGUGGAAAACGAAUGGAGAUCUUAGAGCUUCCAAGUCAUCCAUUCUACGUAGGUGCACAAUUCCAUCCAGAAUUCAAAUCACGGCCAGCGAGACCAUCUGCUUUGUUUUUAGGUCUCAUAUUGGCCGCAACAGGGAAGUUGGAAGCGUAUAUUAGUAGUAGGCAGAAUGGAAGUUGAUCUACGAUUUGUUACUAGAAACUCACCCCUACAAUAUUUUCCCAUGGUAAACUGGUACUCCAACGGGAAAAUAAUUGGGGAGAGGGAAGGGUGUGGGAACUGAAGGAGAUAAGGGGAAUCCUGAAAUAUUGUACGUGUGCAGCUGCCCAUGCUUCUCUAUCUUGGUUGCCGAGUAAUAUCAUUUGCACCUCCACAUUCAUUGUUUUAUCAUUAGAAAACUUCACAUUAAAAUUCUUUUAUAUUAAUUCAAUGGUAAGAAGAUGCUUAAAGGAGGUUGCAAAUACUAGUAUAUCUUCACCCGUGACCGAUAAUGAAAUCAAGCAUGGCAGCUAGAAUAGUAAAAUUGUAGCUCAAAAGCGUUUAUCUUUCCGUUGCUUAUAUCUGCACGUCUUGGCCGCCGGUAUGGCCAAACAUUUCCCGGUGGGUGUAGCUUGCCGUGGGUGUAAUACCUUGUAUUUUAAUAUUAAGAUUUCAUUUUCGUUAUCUUUUCUUGAUGCUUUUCAUUUUAUGUUUGCAUGUUAGGUUUUAUACUUUCUUAUUCAACAAUUGUAAGUAGAACCAAUAGGUGAUAUACAUGUGUCCGAGUUUAUUUUUGGAAGGUUUGUUAA